CUCUAUGUCUUCUUAUCAAAUUGUCAAUUAUAAUGAUGAAAUUUUAGAUUAAAUAUUUUUAAUUUUUCACGAUAAAUAGGAAAGUUUUAGCUUCAAUUUUAUAACUGGGAUCCAUUCAAAUAAUAGGUCGUUCGAGCACGGAUAGUGAAUUAUGGCAAAACAAAGUCCCGUAGAACUCACAAAAUGGGGGUUCACAUUUGGAAAACCGGAUAUGGAACGAAUUGGGCUGUUCGCAGAAAUGCCCUAUAUGAAUGGCAAAGGAUACGUUUCGCCAUUUGCUACUGCAAAGACAAAGAAUAUGAAGAGUUUGAUAUGUCCUGGGCACAAAAUUCUUGCUGGAACACAAGAUGGGCUUUUCGAAAGCCAAUUCAAGCGUAUUUUUGAAAAAGAGGUUAUUGUUAGAGGAAAGAAGGCCCCAAAAGGAAAAAACAUAUCUGAGAGACCAUUCAUCUCAUGCUGUGGUUCAAAACUUCAUGCCACCCCUGGAGAUUACUUUGGUUGCUUCAGUGGAAACAUUUCAGCAUUCAGUCCAAAAAAACGACCAGAGCCAAAAAAACCACCUGAAAAGCUACCUUUCCUGACGAAUCCUGGAAAAAAAGGAGGACCAGGUUAUAUCGACACAACAAUUGGAAAAUACCCCACUUAUAUGUGGUCAAGAUAUGCACAGAAACCCAAGUACAAACAAUAUGGGAAAAACUUAGCUGGUCCCAUGAGAACAAUGAUUUAUCCACAACCGUUUUUCGGUCCAGAUCCUUAUCCCGAUCCACCAAACGUGAAAAAGGGUAGGGUUUAUAUCAAACCUGCCGAAAAAUCCUAUGGAAAGCCUCUCGGUACGGGCAUAUACAUACCUACUGGACCUGCAAAAUGGCCUGGAGGAAUGCAUGCUGGUGGCUUCGAAAAGUUUCCUUCACAUAUGCCUGAACGAUAUAAAUCAGUUUAUGAAGCCCUGAAGCCUAAACGAGAACCAAAAGUGUUCUAUCCUCAAUCGAUGCAGAAUAAAUCAUUUUAUUACACAUCAAUACUCAAUCAGAAUGUCGAUUUCAGGGUUUCCCAAGAUAAUCAUGCUGUUUUUCAACCAAAAUACUUAAAGUAUCUCAUUAAUCACGAUAACUAAAUUAUUGAUCCUUUUUUAUCGCAAUAAAGUAAUUUUUCUUGA